AUAAAAUGGAUAAAAAAAAUACCUUUAAAGAACUAUAAGAAAUACCAGAUUUCCCUAAAAACGAGGAAUAAAUUCUUUUAUUUUGGGAAUAAAUAGACGCAUUUAAAUUAUAACUUGAGAAAACUAAAAAUUAUCCACCCUUUACUUUUUACGACGGACCACCAUUUGCAACUGGUUUACCUCAUUACGGAAACUUAUUAGCAGGAACAAUAAAAGAUGUUGUUUGUAGAUAUGCAUCUUAAAAUGGAAAAUAUGUAGAAAGAAGAUUCGGUUGGGAUUGUCAUGGUCUUCCUAUUGAAUAUGAAAUCGAUAAGAAAUUGUAGAUUCAAACUAGAUAAGAUGUCUUUAAAAUGGGUAUUGAUAAAUAUAAUGCUGAAUGUCGUAGUAUUGUGAUGAGAUAUUCUAAAGAAUGGAGAAGUAUAGUCAAUAGAUUCGGCCGAUGGGUUGAUUUCGAUAAUGAUUAUAAGACUUUAGACUUAAAUUUUAUGGAAUCUGUAUGGUAUGUAUUUAAGUAAAUGUUUGAAAAAGGCUUAAUUUAUAGAGGUUGUAAGGUUAUGCCUUAUUCAAAUGGAUGCAAUACAGUCUUAUCAAAUUUCGAAACAUAACAGAACUACAAAGAAGUGGAUGAUCCAGCCUUAUUUGUUGCUUUUAAUACUAAAAAUGAUCCCAAAACACGUUUAUUAGCUUGGACUACUACUCCUUGGACUUUACCUUCUAAUUUAAUGUUAGCGGUCAAUAAAGACUUUGAUUAUUUGAAAGUUUUAGAUAAAAAAACUUAAGAUCAUUAUAUUAUUGCGGAAUGCAGAAUCGGUACUUUUUAUAAAGAUAAGAGCAAUUAUACAAUAAUUGAGAAGUUAAAAGGAGAAAAAUUAUCAGGAAUCGAAUAUGAUCCGUUAUUUCCUUAUUUCGAAUAAAGAAGAUAAAAUGGCUGUUUUAGAGUUAUUUGUGCAGAUUUUGUGACCUCAGAUACUGGUACUGGUAUAGUACAUGUAGCUCCUGGUUUUGGUGAAGACGAUUAUAAGAUUUGUGUUAAAAAUUCUGUUAUUAAACCUGAUGAUCCACCUGUUCCUGUAGAUGAUAAUGGCUAUUUUACAGAAGAAGUAGCUGAUUUUAAAGGUGUUUAUGUAAAAGAUGCUGACAAAUUAAUAAGAAAAAAUCUAAAGGAAAGAGGAUAUUUAUUAAUUGAUGCUUCAGUUAAACAUAAUUAUCCUUAUUGUUGGAGAUCAGAGACUCCUUUAAUUUAUAAGGCUGUACAUUGCUGGUUUAUUAAAGUCACCGCAAUAAAAGAAGAUCUGGUUUAGAAUAAUAAAAAAGCAUACUGGGUACCUAAAUUCGCUCAAGAAGGUAGAUUUAAUAACUGGCUUUAAAAUGCAUCAGAUUGGUGCUUUUCUAGAUCCAGAUUUUGGGGAAAUCCGAUACCUAUAUGGGUUUCUUCAGAUUUCGAGGAAGUAGUGUGUAUAGGUUCAAUUGAAGAAUUAAAGAAAUUAACUGGAGCGACUGAAAUUAAAGACUUACAUAGAGAUUUUAUAGACCAUUUAACUAUUCCUUCGAGCUAAGGUAAAGGCGUUUUGAGAAGAGUUGAUGAGGUUUUUGAUUGCUGGUUUGAAUCAGGAGCUAUGCCUUAUGGAUAGGUACAUUAUCCGUUUUCUAUUUCUGAGGAGGACUUUAAUAAAAGAUUCCCAGCUGAUUUUAUCGGGGAAGGUAUAGAUUAGACUAGAGGAUGGUUUUAUACUUUAAAUGUUAUCUCAACGGCUAUGAGAAAUCAAAAUCCGUAUAAAAAUUUAAUUGUAAAUGGUAUCGUUUUAGCUGACAAUGGUAAAAAAAUGUCCAAGUCUAAAAAGAAUUACCCAGAUCCAGUUGAGGUGGCUUAGAGACAUUCAGCUGAUGCUAUUAGACUUUAUAUGAUUAAUUCACCUUUAGUAAGAGCUGAAGAAUUAUCUUUUAAAGAAGAAGGUGUUUUUGCAGUUAAAAAAGAUGUGUUCUUGCCUUGGUAUAAUGCAUAUAAGUUCCUUAUUUAGAAUAUUACUAGAUGGGAAAAUUAAAGUGGUAAAAAAUUCUAAUUUGAUGAGAAACUUUCAAUUGAUAAAAAUAUUUUAAAAAACCCUACAGAUAAAUGGAUUAUUGCUUCUUGCUAAAAUUUAAUUAAUUAUGUAAGAAUUGAAAUGGAGAAAUAUCAUUUAUAUAAUGUAGUACCUCGUUUAGUUACUUUUUUGGAAAAUUUAACUAAUUGGUACAUUAGAUUAAAUAGAUAAAGAAUAAAAGACGAAGAAGGUUAGGAUGAUUAAUUAACAGCCAUAAAUGUAUUAUUUAAUGUAAUUUUAAACUCGACAAUUUUAAUGUCUCCUUUAGUACCUUUUAUCACUGAAAGUUUCUAUUAAAAUUUAGUUUUGGCAAUUCCUUAAGAUUCACACUAUUAUGAAAAAUCUGUUCAUUUAUUGAGAAUUCCAGAACCGAAAUAAGACCUUUUGGAUGAAAAAGUAGAAAUUGACUUCGAAAGAAUGCAGACUAUAAUUAAUUCGUCUCGUUAAAUAAGAGAAAAGAGAAAAGUCUCAUUAAAAUAACCUAUUAAAUCUUUAACUAUUAUCAAUAGUGAUAAGGAGUUUCAUGACAGUUUGAAAGAUCAUAUUUAAUAUAUUGAAGAAGAAAUAAAUACACCUUCCGUAAAUGCAGAAUUAAACGUAGAUAAAUAUGUAGAAUAUAAAUCAACACCAAAUCAUAAAAUUUUAGGGUAAAAACUUUAGAAAAACUAUAAUAAAGAUGUCAAAUAAGCAGUGAAUGUUUUAAAUUAAGAAUAAAUCGCUUAAUUAUAAAAGAAGGUUUUGUUUAAAUUUUGGGACAUAAAUUAUAAUUAGAAGAUUUCUUAAUUGAAAAAUAAUACAAGAAAAAUGUUCUUGCAGAAAAUCUAGAAUUAGGAGGAGAAAACGAAUAUAUUUUAUUAUUGGAUUUAUCUUAAGAUGAAAAGCUUAAAUAAAAGGGAAUUGUAAGAGAAUUUACUAGUAGAGUUUAGAAGACUAAAAAAGAAUGCGGAUUAUAGGCUGAUGACGAUAUUAUUAUUUUUAUAGAUUUUACUAAAGCACCUAAAUUAUAAGCUGUUAUUAAUGAUGAUUUAUAAAAUAUAAUUAAAACUUUGAAAAAACCAGUCUAAAAUAUGUCUGAAAAAGCACCAGGAUUAUAAUAAGUAGAUAAAUCUCUUAAAAAUUUUGAGAUUGAUGGCGAAACUUUCAAAAUCGAACUAUACUAUAAUAAAAAGAAUUGAAGAAAUGAUUGGUAAAAAAAAAAUACAUAUUAAUUAUUAUUUAGUCUUUUUAAUAUAAUAAAUAAAAUAUUUUUAUUU